AUGGAGACUGGAGAUAUGAAAUUCGCUAUCACUACGAAGAUAUUCAGUCAAACCACAUAUUUACCCUUGAGCCUAAACAACACUGUUUGCAUCAUCAAUCUCCGUCAACAAUUCAAGAGAUAUGUGAUUGACAAAUCCAAUGGAAGUAUCACUUUUAAUGGAUUGUAUCCAGGACCUCCUCUCCCCAUCUCUCAAAUCCGUUUGAAUCUCUUAAACUACAAAUUCACUCCGUUUCAUCUCUUUCCGCUUCUUGAUUCUCGUCUCCAUGAUCCUUCCUUGUCCAAAUAUAUCGCUGAGGUAAUCACUGGUCAAGCGAGUUUAAGCGUUGGGUUUCUACAACGGUUGUUCAUGUUCGUUAACGUCGUUUUAACGCAAGAAGUGUUCUCAGUGAUUCCUGUUUCUUGUCUUCCUAAAGAAGAAACUCAAGAAGUAGAAGACGAAUCGACAUGUCCUAUAUGUUUGGAGAAUUUUUUGAACGAUUACGUCAACGAUGAGGUGUUCUCCGUGAUUCCAAAAUGUGCGGUGGAGAAUUUGUGGAACGACAAUGACAAGAAUCAAAUAACCACAAACUGCCACAUUGUUUGCAUCGGUUUCAUCAAAGAUAUAUCGUCGAGUGGUUAA